AUGGACAGUUAUAUCAGAGAGACUCCAGAAACUCUGAGGAACAAGUGUGCAGCAUGCUUUAGACAGUUUAACAAAUUGGAGCAUCUUGUGGAGCACAUGAGGACAUCAUACCACUCCGUUCAUGAACCCGCUUGCGGCAUCUGCAGGAAGCACUGCAGAUCUUUCGAGUCUCUGAGGGAACAUCUUAUAGGGCCAUUGCCAAAACAAGAAUGCAGAAAUAUAUUCAGCACGAGAGGAUGCAGAUUCUGCUUGGCCAUCUUCGACAGUCCUUAUGCCCUCAGGAUUCACCAGGACCGGUGUCAACUAUCCGGUUUAAACGGCUCCGGGGUGCUUGGUCGGUUGUCUAAUUUAGGAAUACGUGACAAUUUAGCAAUGGAUUAUAGCGGCAGAUCAACAAGAGGAGGCGCAGGGCCCCAAGUGGUUGCACUGGCUUGCAAAAUGGUUGGUGGUGGCAGCGAUGGCUCCCUUGAUAUAUGCGCAAGGGUUUGCCUCAUUGAUGAAUUCGAAAACAUCAUCUUUCAUUCUUAUGUCAAACCUCCUAUUCCAGUCACAAACUACAGGUAUGAAACGACUGGAAUUCGUCCGGAAUAUUUAAGGGAUGCUAUGCCGGUGAGACAAGUGCAAAAGAAGAUUCAAGACUUCCUGUGCAAUGGGGAACCCAUGUGGAAGAUUCGACCCAGAUCAGGUGGAAAAGCUAGGAUUCUUGUGGGUCAUGGUCUCGAUCAUGACCUUGACCGUCUUCAGCUUGAAUAUCCUUCUGUUAUGAUAAGGGAUACUGCCAAAUAUCCUCCAUUGAUGAAAACAAGCAAGCUUAGCAACUCACUUAAGUAUCUGACACAAGCAUAUCUUGGGUACGACAUUCAAAGUGGCAUUCAAGAUCCUUACGAGGAUUGCGUGGCAACGAUGAGGCUUUACAUGAGAAUGAGAUCACAGAACCAUCGAGUGGAGGACUAUCCAUUGGCUUCUGAUCCUCAAAACCGAAAUAACUUCGCGUCAUGGAGACAAACUGAGCUUGAGAGAAUGACUCCUGAACAAAUGCUGGAAAUCUCAAGGUCUGAUUACUACUGUUGGUGCUUGGACUCCAAUUGA